AUGGCAAGUGCAGGUCUUCCCAGAAAUGGAGGAAGCUCUUUGAAUAAACUGGGCAACUCCCAUGAACGUGAUCCUGCAAAGGGCGAAGCCUGCCACUUCUGCAAAAAUGGUAGCCAUCAUAAUUUGGAAUUCCCACUUGGAAUACUCUUUGGUCUUAGAAAUGGCCCAGUGACUUUCUGGCGCCGAGCUGCCGCCGAAGAAGCUCAGCUACGAGUUCAAAAUCCCUAUCCACAACCCGGGGAUGCUCCGGUAUACCGUCCACAGAUGCCGCUUGUACCUCGCGCGUUGAGGUGGAUGAACUCCGCCCUCCCGCUACUUGUUCCCGAUGCGGCUAAUAACAUACCGAUAAUCGAUUCCACUACUUCCGGUGUGAGCACCGAAAAGACUCGUGUGAAGAGCGAGGACUUGAAUAGAGCGAACGAUUCUACCAAGCAUAUUGCUACCUAG